AUGCUCUCCAACACCAUUCUCAUGGCCACCGCCGCAUUCCUGGGACUGACGGCCGCCCAGUCGAACAUCGUCACGACUUACAACUGCGAUACCUACAAGAAUGCAUGUGCCGCCGACGUCGCCGCCGGCAAGACCGCUCAGGUCGUCUGCGACAAAGGCUACGAUGCCUGCCUUGCAUGCAUCACCCUGGAGCACUCGUGCCGCGUUGGAGCUGCGGACUCGUACCCUUCCCAGCUGCGCUGCACCUCCAGCGCCGAGGCUUGCUACGAGAUGGCAGUCAGCCCUGGGCAGACGCAGGGCUACUAUGGCUGCAAGGAGGCGUUCGCAAGCUGCAACGCUGGGCCYUUGGCGAACAGGAGCUUGUGUGCGAGCCAGGAUGGAGCUUGCAAGAGCUGCCAGAAGAAGGAGAAUGAGUGCAGAAGUGCGCCUCAUGCGAACCAGAGCUACUGCUCUAGCCAGGCGGGCAGCUGUUUCGUCAACGCAGUUACGUCCAACGGCUCCCUUUAA